CCCAUGGCAAAAGAGCCCUUAUCACAUUUCAGACUGCUUUGGCACAUGUCUUCGCACUCACGGUUGGCCGUCCACAGUGGCCAGAAUGUCCACCUUUGACGGCAUCGUCCGCGAGUUCCCGUCCAUCCGCAUUGACUUCUUUGCUGGCCUCAGGGAGCGCCCUGCCCUGGCCUGCUUCCUCAGCCAUGUUCACAGCGAUCAUCUCACCGGGCUGGACACCCUGAAAAGCCCCUUCGUCUACUGCUCCGCCGCAACCAGGGAGAUUCUUCUGCGCCUCGAGCGCUACCCGUGCCGCAUCAACUAUGCCCAGGGCAUCCUCGAGGCUCGUGAACAGACCUAUCGCCACCUCGCCAAGGUUCUCAAGCCCCUGCCCCUCGAUACCCCCUCGCUCAUUGAACUCGACUCCCACCAGCGCAUCCAGGUAACACUCAUCGAUGCCAACCAUUGUGUCGGGGCUGUCAUGUUUCUUGUCGAGGACGAACACACUGCCAUACUCUAUACAGGUGAUAUCCGUGCCGAGCCUUGGUGGGUCAACUCGAUCGCUCGUCACCCGUGCUUGGUCGAGUACACAACAGGUCUCAAAACGUUGGAUCGUCUCUACCUUGACACUUCAAUGCUUGAUGAUGUGCCUCUGCAGACGAAAGCAGAGGGGUUGCGAGAGCUCCUGAGUCAGGUCUCUCAAUAUCCUCCAGAUACUGUGUUCUGCAUGCAGGCAUGGACUUAUGGAUACGAGGAAGUCUGGUUGGCCCUAUCUCGGGCUUUGAAAUCAAAGGUACACGUCGACAAGUACAAGAUGCGCAUCUACAAGUCUCUGGUCAGUAAGCUGGACACGGACAAGUAUGUCACGAGGACUUAUCUGAGCAAAGAGGCUCCUGCUCUUGUCGGUUUUACCUGCGGCAAUCACCAGCUGGAGGGCUGUCUUACCCUUGAUGAACAUGUGCGAAUACACAGCUGCGAGAAAGGUACACAUUGCGACGUCAUGCAGAAUCAGCCGGUGGUAUGGAUCAAGCCAAUCGUCGCGCAUCUUAAAGGCGGGAGAGAUUUGGUGGAGAUUGGUGUUGGAGGGGGUGGCGGAGACCUGAACAAGGAAGCAGAGCUUCCAACGUUAACAACUGACGAUAUGGCCUACUUCAUUGAGCUAGCUGCCAACGAGUUGGAGGUGCCUAAAGCCCUCAGGGAAGACUUUGAGACCAUCCUCCACAAGGCUUCGGGCAGCCUACGCAGCCUGGCUGUGAACAUGGACAUCUCGGCUUUCACAGACGACAUGCAAGCGAACUUGCAGGACGUGAUCAAGGCAAUGGUCUCGAAAGCCAAAGCUUUGCACGACUUUUCAGAAGUCCGGUCUCGCUCAUUGGAUGAAAUUACUGGAACGAAUACUGAGACGAGACCUGGGAACCUUGAGAUGACAACCAGCCCGGUCAAGAGCCUAGACUUGCCGAAACGUAUUCGAUUCCCGUAUGCACGACACUCUUCACUGCCUGAGCUGCGGCAUCUCGUUGACACAUUCAGACCAAAGGAUGUAUGGCCUUGUACAGUCGACGCUCGGGAAUGGCGGGAUCGAGGCAUAACGAUGCAAGGGCUCUUUGGCGACUGUUGCUCAAACGCGAAGGAUUCCUUCGAACAUGAUCAGCUCAUGGAGGACGUCUUACGGGACCUGCCACAAGAUGAAGAGCGCCUCAUUGGCGAGCAUGAUAGUGUCCAGGGUCAACGGAGUCAGCUGACAGGAUCGUUCCUGCCAGCACAGUUCUCGCCUCCAAGGACCCCAGCCCGUCGGGUUGAGCUUGGUAGCAGCAGUCCACCUCAACUGACAGCAGCCUCGCCUCAGAAUGGAUCGUCGCAGGAGCUAGGCUACUCCCCUGCCCGGCGACACCAUCGAAAGCGGACCCUCUCACAAUCAGAUUUGGAGCUUGACGACGGUAUUUCGAGGAGAUACAGAGAUCAACACAGUGAACAUGACCAGGAAGCAAGCAAUAGGCCUUCCGGCCCCUCAGCCAACCACGCAACCGGCAACAACUUCUUCUUUGAAUCACGCCUGGGCAAUGCCAAUCCCAUCGAGACCGGCGGGCACAACAGGGAUGGCAAAAGCGAUAAGUCAGGCGCUGCCCAUGGGAACAACGUCUCCAGCCCGAGUGGUUCUCAGGACUCGAUAAUGUCCAGUGCAGUAAGUACCACUGACGAGCCGAACCUCGAUCCUUUGGACACCCGCGCGCGCGCCUUUCAUGCCGCAGAAGCGUGCAUCUUUGGAGGCGCCACCUGGCGUGAGUCUGCCGCCGGCGCAGGACUCAUCUCCACGACAGAUCACCACAGCACGCUUGAGAUGGAGCUUGGGGUCGAGGGUCUGUACAAGCCGCAAAGAUGAAGAGAACGGGGUGUUGUAUGACAAGCAAAUCACCCUCCUGUCAGCCUGGUCAUAGAGUGCAGGAGGAUUCGAGCAUAACAAGCAUGUGAAGCCUUAGCAAGCCACCUCCUACUUUUUCCGCCAGUCCUCCGACAGCGCUGAAGCCAGAAUAUCUCAAUUGCGAUGGCCAC